GUUAUCGAUAAACAUUCGUUAGGUCGGUGGUUUGACAGUGUUGUGAUUCUACUACAAGUUUCUACUACAAGGUAUCCGCUGAGACUGAAAAAUGCCGCCCACGGUAGACAUAUCCGAGCUGGAGAGUAAAGGUUACACUGUUGUGAAAGACGUGAUGUCCCCAGACGACUGUGACAGGUACAUCAACAUCUACAGACAGUGGCUUGCACAGUUCAAUGAUUCGUGGCCAAUAUCAAGCAACUCUCUGAUCCAACGAUACCAAAUCGGUCACAUGGAGCCUUCCUGGGGAAGCCGCCUCAAGGCCAAGAAGGUCUUCGAGCAGAUAUGGGGCACUGACCAACUUCUGACAAGCUUUGAUGCAGUUGCAAUUGGGCGGCCACCUGAAGAUGGCGAGGAGACGUUUGCCGUCCCUGGAAAGCAUUGGCUCCAUUGUGAUCAGGGAGUAGAGCGAGUUGGGCUCCACGCCUACCAAGGAGCCGUGUAUUUAGAGGCUGCUGAUGAGGAUGACUGGACGUUCGAGGUUCUGGAAGGAUCGCAUGUGUUGCACAGUGAUUUCUUUGAAGCUUCUCCAAGAGCGAAGAUGAGAAGCAUCACCAACAAGUUCUAUGGGCUUACAGAUGCAGACGUGGAGUGGUACACUGCGCACAAUGGAGUUACACGCCGAAGGGUGCCAGCACCUAAAGGAGGGAUGAUCAUAUGGGAUUCAAGACUCAUCCAUGCAAAUGUUCGACCAAAGGAAAACAGACGCAAAACUGGAAGAUGGAGAUACGUUGUGUUUGUUUCCAUGGGCCCGACCGUUUGGGCUGGUAAGCAAUAUCUCAGACAGAAGAAGCAGGCAUACCAAGGAAUGAGGAUGACAUCCCACUGGCCCUGUAAUGGGCUGGCAAUGUUCUCGUAUAUGGAAGUAGGUGGGCCCAUGGCAAUAGACAAGCUACCAAUCAUAGCCUGCACAGACGAUGCUAAACGUUUGGCAGGGGUUCUGUCCUAUCCAGGCCCAAAGAAGGGACCGUCAUGGAGGCCUCAAUGGGCAGAGGGCAGCAAGGAAGGACAUGAGCAGACAAGGUGGCUGACUCCACUAUGGGUGGUACUGGGUGUUGCCGCGAUAUCCCUUGUCACUGCUCUUUCUGUGAAAAGAACUCUCAUGAGAUAAUCUGUUGAAAGGACCUGCAGAUGAUUAUCUGCCAUUGACAUUUUUAAUUAAAUGAGAAGUAUUGUUUGGACUGUGAGUGGGUUUACGUCACAUUAGCAUAUUUAUAUACUACUGCAUUGUGAUCAUGUCACCAUGCACGUUCAAUAUGGCAUCUUCUUAAAUAAAAAACAAGACGUUAGAAGACGUUAGCGUACUAAAAAAAACAAAAACAUUAACGUUUGGCG